UACGCUUUAGGAAGUGGUUGCACUUGGCCAAUUUCUAGAGUGACAGUAAGAGUGAGUCAAGUUUUUGGCGCCGAUGCCGGGGACGGCUAGGUUGUUGAAGAAAAGUGAUUUCUGUUAAUUUAGCACUUUCGUUUUUGCAUUAACUGUUUGUUCUUUCCCACUUGUGCCUUCACGGGUUUGCUUGCUUGAUUGUGUGCAGGUAGUGCAUGACCCGUAGCCAGUCGGGAGGUUUACUGGCGUUGAAUCCAGAGAUUGAACGCACCUGUCGCCAACUCAGGAGACAACAGCAAGCUAGACUGGCUACGGCGGAGCGCAUAGACGACCAUUUGAGUAGCGAGUCCGAAGAAGAGUACGAGAUGGAAGGAGAUCACAAUCCACUCCCGGGGAAUCAGCUCUUGGGGAAUCACCCACCACCACCGGGUCCCACUUUGGAGUACUACUAUACUCCACGGGUUGCUGACAUUCGCCUUGUCAUCCUCUAUCCGCGCAUUCCAGCGAACAAUUUCGAGAUCAAGCCAUGCUGGAUUCAACUCAUUACAUCCUCCGUCCAGUUUCAUGGCUUGAAGGAUGAGGAGGCAAGGGUGCACCUGUCCCGUUUCCUGCAGCUGACGAACGGGUUCAAGCUGAACGGUGUCCCUGAUGAUGCAAUCCGCCUUCACCUCUUUCCCCAUUCUCUGGUGGGGAAUGCUAAGAGGUGGUUGGAGACCCAGCCCCCAUUGUCCAUCACCUCUUGGGAUGAUCUAGCUGACAAAUUGGUGCACAGGUACUAUCCGGCAUCGAAGACUACAGAGAUCCAGCGGGAGAUCACCCACUUCCGACAAGAGCCAGAUGAGUCACUUCGUGAUGCAUGGGAGCGGUACAUGGGAUUUUUUUGGCAGUGUCCCCAUCAUGGCUUUAGUGAUGCAUUCACAGUGGGGAACUUCUACAGUGCUCUCUCUCCGGAAAGCCAGAGGGUGAUCGAGUCUCUAUGCCCAGGAGGGGACAUUCUUACCAAGACUCCACCCGAACUGAACCAGAUGAUCAGUACAUUGUCGAACAGUAAAAUCAAAUAUUUUCCUUAAUAGAAAGGAUUUAAUAGCUUCAAUCUCUUAUCUAAUUCAUCGUGCCUCCCAUAGUCCUUCUUCCAUCUCGAUCCAAACCGUGCCCCCAUGCCAUUGUGACCAGCGACACUCAUGGUCAUUCUUAAAUCAUGUGGCUUGUACCUUGUGAAAUCAUUGGAGCCAAAACAAAGUCAUGCCCCUAGUUAAUCCCAACUACUACUAAUCAUACCCCAUGCCACCAACCAUCACCCCCCAGUCUUGUCAUGAGGGGUAUGGUUCAUACCUUAGCAAGAUUAUAAGGUUUGGCAUGAUUAGGCCACCUUGAUGGCCGAGCAGUAUGAGUAGUGAUUGAGGCUUACUAGUCCUGGUAAGAUCCUCACAUCGAAACCUACCAACUCCUACUCAAACUUGCUAAUUCGACAUUUAUAUAUAACCAUGAUUGGCUUUUCUAUAUUUUUUUUAUACUUACUACAUAUAUUAAGUAGUUACAAGUAUCAUUGAUCUCCAUACCCUUUGGCAAUAACCAACGUGCCAAAGGUAUACACCCAUUGCCAAGUCCAUGGAUUAAACCAAACAAGCCAACCAUACAUCAUAUGGCCAUGGUUGUUUAGAGGAGAUAAUUCUUCACAAGUUGACUUUACAGCAUCCCCUUCAUCAUCUUUCUUAACCCUGUCACACUUGGAGUUGGGAUGUUCAUCUUUGAACAUGUUUCCCCUGACACGCUCACCAUUCUCGUCACCAUAACCAUCUCUUUCUUCUUGUGAUCUAUCCUCCAACCCCUUUUGGCCCUUAACAUCACUUUGAACUUGGACAUGAUUGCCCUUUUCAGUCACUGUUACUUUGAGACCCGUGGCCAUAGAGUUGGCCACUUUGAUACUAUCUUGAACAUCAUCAUUUUCUUGUGAUGGGUCGACCAACCCACCAGGUGCUACUGGAUAUUAUUUUCGACGCUCUAUGGCAUUUUUACGUAGUAAUCUCCUCCUUUGAGUUCUCGUCGUCCCCCCAAUAGCUACAGGUUGUUGACGAUGCAUGUCAUAAGUAUGCCACCCACCUUGUGGCACAUUGGGUAACUUGAAAGUCAUUCUCAUCAGAAGAGGGUCAUGUGCCAUCCAUUGGCCCCUUUGCCCCCAAGUUGGUGGAAUGAACCCCUCUACUUGUCUUUGAUAAGGUGGGUAUCUCGGCCUAUGGGGUGGAUCAAGUAUUUGUUGGACGGGUCAACUUGUUCUAACUUCAUCAAGUCUAAGACUCCUUUGGCAUUAGACACAUACCUUCUCCACCUCACUAGACAACUAAGAUGCGGCCGAGUUGGCCUGCUUGCCCCUUUAUGACUCCCCCUGCUCAACCACCACAUUGGGGUUCCCUUGUUGCGGUGUUGUAUCUAACACGAGAUUGAAACGGGGAAGCUCAAUCUUGGAGAAGUCUGGAUUAACCAAGUUAACACCAAAACGUUGGGAAACGAGUUGGUAUCCACCAACAUGGCAUCCUUCUUUGGCUCAGGGAACUUGAUGCGACCUCUCUCGAUGGCAUCCUGCAAUACAUUGCGAAAAAAUCA